CUUCAGUGGCUUGAGUACGAACAAAUAAACUGGUUACACCUCAGUCGCCAUUCAGAGACCACAAUGGCCAAUGCGUAUUGCAUUCGUAAAGGAUUAAUUCGCAAAGCUCAAUUAGCAUACAACAUGACAAAGUAUCUUUCAAAGAAUCCCGAAAGCAUUCUUAAACAAGCUAUUCCCGAGACCUGGCAAUUUGAACUUGAUCAUGUAGACUAUUUUGAAGAAGCCAUGAACGAAGUAUUUGAAGUUGAGAGAGAUCUCCUUGAGAAUGAGGAAAAAACCGAGGAUCGACACAUGUUUAUUAUCAAACCAAGCAUGGCAAACAAAGCCGCCGGUAUCUCUGUUUUUGAUUCUAUGGACCAAUUAAGAGCCAUAUUCGAAGAACCCGAAAGUGACUCUGAAGAUGAGGAAUACGAUUCUGAUGCAGAGGAUCUAAUGCAAGUCCGCGAGUGGGUCAUCCAACGCUAUAUCGAUCGUCCGUUGUUAGUAAACAAGCGAAAAUUCCAUGUCCGUGCGUAUGUACUCGCUGUCAGCAACAUCCAAGUCUACCUGUACCAUGAUAUGCUUGCCUUGUUCGCUCACAAGGAAUACUCAACUACCGACUUGUCAGACUCAUUGGUUCAUCUGACUAAUACAUGUAUUCAAACAGACGAAGCUGACUUUGAUGAACAGUCUUCUGUUCGUCUCUAUUGGGAGUUGGAGCGUCUGGGUGUUCCAAAGGCUGAUUUGGAAACCAUGUUCGGCAAAAUGCAGCUCAUUUUGGCAGAUGUAUUUGAUGCCUGUGUCAGUGAGAUGACUACCUUCCAAGCCAUCCCAAAUGCCUUUGAGUUGUUUGGUAUCGACUUUAUGAUGGAUCAAGAUCUUAAUGUAUACUUCCUCGAGGCUAAUGCUUUCCCUGAUUUUAAGCAAACUGGUGCCAAAUUGCAACAUGUCAUCCAGGAACUAUUUGAUGCCACCACAAAGACUGCAAUUGAACCUUUCUUUAGCGAGAAAAAAGCA